AGGAUGCAGGGGCGAGGCCUGGCAAUAGUAGCGCUUCUGGACGCAUUCCGGCAGGAGAGGCGUGAGGGGCUGAGAAGAGGGACCCGAGAACCAUGGCGGCGGUGGUGGUGGCGGCGGCGGCAGUGCGGGCCCGGAUCCUGCAGGUUUCUUCUGGGGUAUACUCCAGGUGGCAUCUAGCAUCCUCCUCUUCUUCUUCUUCAGUGCCAACUGUAAAGCUCUUCAUUGAUGGGAAAUUUGUAGAAUCCAAAAGUGACAAAUGGAUCGACAUCCACAAUCCAGCCACCAAUGAGGUCAUUGGUCAGGUCCCUCAUGCCACCAAGGCUGAAAUGGAUGCAGCAGUCUCUUCCUGCAAACGUGCUUUUCCCGCAUGGGCAGACACUUCAAUAUUAAGCCGUCAGCAGGUCCUGCUCCGCUAUCAACAACUUAUUAAAGAAAACUUGAAAGAAAUUGCCAGGAUAAUCACGCUGGAACAAGGGAAGACCCUAGCUGAUGCCGAAGGAGAUGUAUUUCGAGGCCUUCAGGUGGUUGAGCAUGCCUGCAGUGUGACAUCCCUCAUGCUGGGAGAGACCAUGCCAUCUAUCACCAAAGACAUGGACCUUUAUUCCUACCGUUUGCCUCUGGGGGUGUGUGCAGGCAUUGCUCCCUUCAAUUUUCCUGCCAUGAUCCCCCUUUGGAUGUUUCCCGUAGCCAUGGUGUGUGGAAAUACCUUCCUAAUGAAACCAUCAGAGCGAGUCCCUGGAGCAACCAUGCUUCUCGCCAAGUUGCUCCAGGACUCUGGUGCCCCUGACGGAACACUGAAUAUCAUCCAUGGACAACAUGAAGCUGUGAACUUCAUUUGCGAUCAUCCGGAUAUCAAAGCAAUCAGCUUUGUUGGCUCCAACCAGGCAGGAGAGUACAUCUUCGAGAGAGGGUCAAGACAUGGCAAGAGAGUUCAAGCCAAUAUGGGAGCCAAGAACCAUGGAGUAGUCAUGCCAGAUGCCAAUAAGGAAAAUACUCUGAACCAGCUGGUUGGGGCAGCAUUUGGAGCUGCUGGUCAGCGCUGCAUGGCUCUUUCAACAGUGAUCCUUGUGGGAGAAUCUAAGAAGUGGCUCCCAGAGCUGGUAGAGCAUGCCAAAAACCUGAGAGUCAAUGCAGGAGACCAGCCUGGAGCUGAUCUUGGCCCUUUGAUCACCCCCCAGGCAAAAGAGCGAGUCUGUAAUCUGAUUGAUAGUGGAACAAAGGAGGGAGCUUCUAUCCUUCUUGACGGUCGAAAUAUUAAAGUCAAAGGUUAUGAAAAUGGGAACUUUGUUGGACCAACCAUCAUCUCAAAUGUCACGCCAAAUAUGACCUGUUACAAAGAGGAGAUUUUUGGCCCAGUUCUUGUGGUUCUGGAAACAGGCACUUUGGAUGAAGCCAUCAAGAUUGUGAACAACAACCCAUAUGGAAAUGGAACUGCCAUCUUCACCACCAAUGGAGCCACUGCUCGGAAAUAUUCCCACCUGGUGGAUGUCGGACAGGUGGGGGUGAAUGUCCCCAUUCCAGUGCCUUUGCCAAUGUUCUCAUUCACCGGUUCUCGAUCUUCCUUCAGGGGAGACACCAAUUUCUAUGGCAAACAGGGCAUCCAAUUCUACACUCAGCUAAAAACUAUCACUUCUCAGUGGAAAGAAGAAGAUGCUACUCUUUCCUCACCUGCUGUAGUCAUGCCUACCAUGGGCCGUUAGAAACAAAUUUGUUGCAGACUCAGUCCGUCCUGAGUAAUCUCCCUUUAUUCUUGAACAACUCCAGCUGCCAACUUUGCUCAGAUCAGAUCCCUGGGAUUGGAAUACUUUGUAACUAAAAUCUGUCUCAGGACUGUUAGCGCCUGCAAAGAUGCCAAUAGGGAAACUCCUAGUGUAACUCUGAAAUCAGAUUUUCAUUUGCUCUUCGUAAUUUUGUUUUUGAGGUAACUGUUUUAACUGUGAAAUGCUUAUCUGGAAUAAGAGCUUAGACCUGUUUUCUAAAAGUUCUUCCCUUUUUGGGGGAGGCUCCCUUAGAUGGGGAAAUAAGUCAAAAAUAAUUCACCCUUUUGUUGAUCCUCAAACACAGCCCUACGUAAAUGGCAGUGGGUGAGAUCCCUCUGCCAAGCUCUCCUGAGCCUCUCAUUUAUCCCACACUACACAAGAUACAAUCCAUUUCUACUUGUCCCACAGUUGGGACAACUGUUUCUUUGUUUCCUGCUGAAUGCCAGUUUGUCUUAGUGAUUUUUGACCACUAAUUUUAUCAUUGUCACUGUUCCUGCUUCUUAAAACCACUUCUCGAGGAUCCCUCAGUAGACACCGGAUAAAUCAACUUUCUGUUAUAUGUGCCAAGUGUUAAAUUUCAGGGAUUUCUUCAGCAAUCAUUAAUGCUUCAGUCACUAAUUCAGAUGCCAAUAAGUUGUUUUGUUUUUUGUUUUUUUUUACGAAACUAUAUAAAUAGUUAUUUUAGGCCCAGAAAUCAAGGGAUGUUCCAGCCGUGAAAGUGGACAAAAGUAAGUGCCUAAAGUAAGUCUAACCUGGUAUUAUUUGCCAAAUUUUUUAUGUUGUUUUUUUCCUUUUGCCUGCAUUUCUCAUUUGUGACACUUUUUCAUGAAAGAAACCUUAAAGUAAUUGAUUGGGACCUAAGAAAUUUCAAAGCUUUCUAUAUGUGAAGUAGUAAAAGAAAUGCUUUGACAGUUUUUUCUGGUACCAUUAAUUCACCUGUCUGUAUGUUUUUUGUUUCUUUGAUAUAGUCAGAACAGAAAUUUCUGUGCUAAACAGAAUAGAUUCUGUCUCUCUGCUGUACCAUCCCAGUUGAAUCUUGUGUUUCUGAUAUGACCUUCACCCAGUGAACUAGGAGAAGGCUUCUGGAUGUGAUAGAGUAAUUGCUGGUCUUCAGCCAGAUGACAUAGGUCAUUUAUUUUUCUGCUUCCUCAUUGGUCAUGUGGAUAAUGCUAACCUAUUCCAACGGUGGGGGCGGGGGUGUUCAAUUAAUUAAGGGUGGUAAAAACCUUGAAAAUGUUUGUGCACUCUGUAGAUUUUAGGCUUAUUACUACCACCUGCCAGAUAGAAUGUCAAAAUCUUCGAUCACUUAAGGUGAUUGAACUUUGAUAAAAUACACUUACGACCCUACUGGCCACCCACCCCCAACACAGACACCGUUUUUUUUUUUUGGAUCUGCCUUCCUAAAGAUGAGGCAAUAGAAAUUCAUAAUUUCUUGAUAGAAUGCCCUUUGUUUUAUCUCUUAUCAGUUAGCAACUGGUAGUGAUGUUUAAUCCAAUCCAACAGUUACAGGCUGGGUUGAAUAAAAGGUCAUAUUGUCUAAAUUCCAAAUGGAAUUAAAUAUAAUCACAGAGACGUCUAAGUUUUCCUUAUAUUUAAGGGAAAUCACUCUUAAGAAAUAAAAACUAAUCAGAAUUGUGUUGCUCUAAUUAGAAUCAAUUUAUUUGGCUACUUGCUACUCAGAAGAAUUUCGUAUUUCUUAGAUGGAAAAAAUCUGUACAAUUAUGUUCAUGCUAGUAGCAGAUUAAAAAUUCAAUAUUUUAUUUUCUUUUUGCUCUGAUGUGGCCUCAUUUGAAAUUUCUCAGAUUCUAUAUUGUACUAACUGAUCAUGUAUAAUAAAUUACAAAUAAAACGCUCAUAAAAAGAAAA